ACCCCGCCCACUCGUCUUCCCUAAUAGCCGCCCUUUCUUUUCGGCAAAUUUCAGGUUACUUGGCUCAGGGCGCGCUCCGACCUCCAGCGUGGUGCUGCCUCUGCCUCGCCUCCGCUGCCUCUCCAGCCACCCAGCGCCGGCGAUUGGCUCGGGCAGCCCCGCGGUCUUGACACAGCGGCGCGCCGAGGGCUUGAGGACGCGUUUCAACAGAUGGUUGGGUUGGUCAUACACCUCAGGAUGCAUGUUUGACCUUUCCUUUCUUUCAAACUGCAGACGAGAACCUGAAUAUUAAGGAACAGAAACAUUUGCACAAGGGUUUAACUGCAGUAUUGGACAGAUACAAUGAAUCAUUAUUGCAUUGCAUUUAUGUGGACUGUGCUUGGCACUGAACUGUUAAGGAGCCACUGUACUACCGUCAAAUCCCCAAGGUUCCGAGGACGUGUACAGCAGGAGCGAAAAAAUAUCAGGCCAAACAUUAUCCUUGUACUCACAGAUGACCAAGAUGUGGAGCUCGGCUCGUUGCAAGUGAUGAAUAAAACCAGGAAGAUAAUGGAGAAUGGGGGUGCCAGUUUUGUCAAUGCAUUUGUAACUACCCCAAUGUGCUGUCCAUCUCGUUCUUCAAUGUUGACAGGAAAAUAUGUUCAUAACCACAACAUCUAUACCAACAAUGAGAAUUGCUCUUCCCCGUCCUGGCAAGCAACACACGAACCACGUACGUUUGCGGUGUAUCUCAACAACACUGGAUAUAGGACUGCUUUUUUUGGGAAAUACCUCAAUGAAUACAAUGGCAGCUACAUUCCUCCUGGCUGGCGAGAAUGGGUUGGAUUAAUCAAGAACUCUCGCUUCUAUAACUACACUAUUUGUCGCAAUGGCCUCAAAGAGAAGCAUGGUUUUGAAUAUGCAAAGGACUAUUUCACAGAUUUAAUCACUAAUGACAGCAUUAAUUAUUUCAAAAUGUCUAAGAGGAUGUAUCCCCAUAGACCUAUAAUCAUGGUGAUCAGCCAUGCAGCUCCCCAUGGCCCUGAGGAUUCUGCACCACAGUUCUCCGAGCUCUAUCCAAAUGCUUCCCAGCACAUAACUCCCAGUUACAACUAUGCACCAAAUAUGGAUAAGCAUUGGAUCAUGCAGUAUACGGGCCCCAUGCUUCCUAUCCACAUGGAAUUUACAAAUAUCUUGCAGCGCAAACGACUUCAAACUCUGCUAUCAGUUGAUGAUUCCAUGGAAAGGUUAUAUCACAUGCUAGUGGAGACUGGAGAACUGGAGAAUACUUACGUUAUUUACACUGCUGACCAUGGUUACCAUAUUGGACAGUUUGGACUGGUCAAGGGGAAGUCAAUGCCGUAUGACUUUGAUAUUCGUGUUCCUUUCUUUAUUCGUGGUCCAAGUAUAGAGCCGGGAUCAGUAGUAUCUCAAGUAGUGCUGAAUAUUGACCUUGCUCCAACAGUUUUGGAUAUUGCAGGACUUGACACGCCUCCAGAUAUGGAUGGCAAAUCUAUUCUAAAACUCCUGGACCUUGAAAAACCAGGAAACAGGUUUCGAACAAGCAAGAAAACCAAAGUUUGGCGUGACACAUUCCUAGUGGAAAGAGGUAAAUUUCUGCGCAAGAAGGAAGAACCGAGCAAAAAUGCCCAGCAGUCAAAUCACUUGCCAAAAUAUGAACGAGUGAAGGAGUUAUGUCAGCAAGCAAGUUACCAAACAGCUUGUGAGCAGCCUGGCCAGAAAUGGCAGUGCAUUGAAGACACAUCUGGCAAACUCCGCAUUCACAAAUGCAAAGGGUCCAGUGACAUCCUUGCUAUCAGAAAGAGAACACGAAGCAUUCAUUCCCGAGGAUACAGCAGCAAAGAAAAUGACUGUGACUGUGGAGAGGCUGAUUACCAAAGCAGUAGGACUCAAAGAAAAAAUCGAAAAGCUUUUGUGAGAAACUCCGGUGUACAAAAAUACAAACCCCGGUUUGUCCACACACGCCAGACUCGUUCCUUGUCCGUGGAAUUUGAAGGGGAGAUAUAUGAUAUAAACCUGGAGGAGGAAGAACUGCACAUUCUUCAACCCAAAGGCAUUGUUAAGCGGCAUGGAAGUUACAGUGAAGAGGAGGAGGGGCUUUCAGAAGAUAUUGCUGGUGAAGAAGAAGCUAUGCUAGCCGAUGGAACCAACGCAGUUGGCCAACCAGACUCUGUCCGAGUGACUCAUAAGUGCUUUAUCCUUCCAAAUGACUCUAUUCACUGCGAGAGGGAAUUAUAUCAAUCAUCUAGAGCCUGGAAAGACCACAAAGCCUACAUUGACAAAGAGAUUGAGGCUCUCCAAGAUAAAAUUAAGAACCUACGAGAAGUGAGAGGACACCUAAAAAGGCGAAAACCUGAUGACUGUGACUGUAGUAAAAAGAGCUAUUACAAUAAAGAAAAGGGGGUGAAGGGUCAAGAAAAGCUUAAGACGAGUCACCUGCAUCCAUUCAAGGAAGCAGCACAAGAGGUGGAUGGUAAGCUUCAGCUCUUCAAAGAGAAUCGGAGGAGAAAGAAAGAAAGGAAAGGGAAAAAGCGCCAGAAGAAAGGAGACGAAUGCAGCCUUCCUGGACUCACUUGCUUUACCCAUGAUAACAAUCACUGGCAAACUGCACCAUUCUGGAACUUGGGAUCAUUUUGUGCUUGUACAAGCUCAAACAACAACACUUACUGGUGCUUACGAACACUAAAUGAAACACAUAACUUCCUCUUCUGUGAGUUUGCUACAGGAUUCUUGGAGUAUUUUGACCUGAACACAGACCCCUACCAGCUGACAAAUACAGUACACACUGUAGAAAGAGGCAUCUUGAACCAGCUACACAUACAGCUCAUGGAGCUGCGGAGUUGUCAAGGCUAUAAGCAAUGCAAUCCAAGACCUAAGGGGCUUGAAACAGAGGACAGUUAUGGCAUGGAUGGGAAGGCUAAGCUGCCAAUCUUCAUGGAAAACAUUAACUGGCGAGGACUGGAAGAUUUGUACAGUGUGAACGAAAGUUUAUAUGAAGCCAGAAAUGACUACAGACUUAGUCCUAAUGACUGGUCAAAUUACUUGAAGGAUGUAGAUAGAAUCUUUGCACUGCUGAACAGUUACUCUGAGCAAAAUGGAAGAGCAAAGACUCAGACUACUCAUGCCAGUGAGUAUUUGGAUGAAUCAUCCACACCAUUUGCCUUGCUGGAAAUGAGCUCUGCUGAAUCAGACGAAGGUUCAAGUUGGUUGACAGCCCAAGAGGCACAGCCUAUUAUGCCAACAGAUUUUGGAACACUGGCUUUGAACACCAUUUUGUUAAGUCAGGAGAGCAAACCUGAAUUAAGCAAUGUUAUUCCUGCAAACAUGAGUCCAAAUCCAUCACACUGGAAUAGUCACCAAGCCAACACAUGGCUGGAGACCAAAGAACCAGUUCGUAUUGAAAUGGAAUUCAGUGGGAAUGACUUGACAGAGCUUGAGUCUAGCCAUAGCUUCACCUUGCAACCCAUUAGCAUUCUUCAGAAAGACUCUGUCCCAGAUGAUGACUCUGCAGAAGAUAUUUUUGAAGAGCAGAUCUAUCUUCCCAUGAACUCAGAUGCAAUCCACCAGGCUUUAAACAUACUUAUUGUGGAGCAUAAAACAGAGAGGAUGUUGACAAAAAGGAAACAUUUUCCAGAUUCUUCACAGCUUCUAAAUGUAGAAGGCAGUGCCUCAUCUCCACUGUCCUCAAAUUAGGUUGUUUAAAUACAUUCUUCCUUAUCAAUUAGUUGACAAAUAGAAGUAGCCCUCACAACUGACAUUCCAAAUUUUACUAUAAUCACACUUUUUGUAGCAAAAUGAAUCCUACGAUGUGUGCUCUACAUACACAUCUAUGAACUUUUAGAGUGUAGUUGAAGGAACCAGAGUUCCAGUGUUAAAAGAAGCAGUUAAGUCACUUUGCAGUGAUACCCUGAUUUUCUACAAUAUAAAGGCAUCUGCAAAUUAGUCUGAAUCAUUUGUCUUUUUCUGUUCCCAAAAUGGCUCACCACAAAUGAAUGUUUCUGUCCACUUAAGCUCUCUGAAUAAUGAAUUUUUUAUUAACUAAUCACUGAAAUUUCAUAUUGACAAGUAAAAUUAUAUUGCACUUUUAUAAUCUGUGUGCCAUAUCCUUUAUUAAUCUGGUACUUUUACAUGUUCUUAGUUUUGCUAAAUAGUGUGCAAUUGCCACAAAAUAAAAUAGGUUGGUAGCAAAAAUGAUAUGCAGCAUGGAUUGCGAAAACCAAUUAUCUGAACAUGGAGCAAAAAGUAAUGUUUGAUUUUAAACCUCUAUGUUCAAAUUGCUUUUAUGGUUUUUCUCAGAUACAGCUAGCAAAAGAUGUAAUGGAGAAGGCAUUAAAUUUUCAGACUGCCAAGUAUAGGGGCCUAUAAGUAAUUAUGGUUUUACAAUUUCUAGGUUUUUUUUGUUAAGAAAGAAAAUUAAUUUCCAUUACUCUGAGACAAUGGAUGUGCUCAGAAACAACUCAAGAUUAUUUUUUAGAGUUUAGAAUAGGGGUAGUGAUCUGUGGUCCUCCAGAUGUUGUUGGACUUCAGCUCUCAUCAGCCUCAGCCAGCAUGGCCAAGGGUUAGGGAUGGUGUGAGUUGGAGUCCAAUAACGCCUAGAGAACCCCAGGUUAACCACCCCUGGUUUUGAUUGAACUCCAAUCCAAAGAAGGGUCUGGUACAUGCAAAAAUGUGCCUACACAAAUAUGCAAUGGCAGUGUUUCAUACCAGUAUAUUCAUAAUAUGCAUUUUAUGAACAGGAGCAUUGUGGUGAGCCACUAUGAUUUUUUGCCCAACCCAGUGGGAGACUACACAGUUGUGUUGCCUUAUCUCUAAGUAGUCAUAUAAAUCCUGGAUUGCUGCCCUGGGCUUCUACUGGGAGGAAGGGUGGGAUAUAAAUCUAAUAAAUAAUAAUAGCCAUGCAUCUUAUUGUAGAGGCUUCUUAAACACAGGAAAUCUUGAAGGUGAACAUGGAAGAUAUGUACAGAGAAGGGCUUCUUCACUGACUUCAACAAGAGGGAAAAACACCACCUUCCAUAAAGCCCUGAGCACUUGAAGUGAAUAGUGAAGCUUAUACAUGCAUUGCAGUAGAGUGCUUUAGAACAAAACAGUUGAGUGGAAAAACAAUAGCCAUAAAUACAGAAUUCUGUUAAGGUACACAAUGGCAGACAAAUUCUUAAUUUUAGUACAAUGCCUUUAAAAGUUAAUUGCUAGACUUUGCCAAACAUUUUAUGGAUUUUUUUUUAGCCUCAGCAUUUGAAUUAUAAAGUCCUAUUUCUCUGCUGUCUGAUCUAUAGGAGAGUACAUGUCUUAUGCUUGGUAACAGAGUUAUGGUUAAAAAAACAAGCAAGUGUUAACUACUACAGGUUAAAAUUGGCAGUUGAGUGUUCCAGGUUGUCACCAGACUUGUGAUAGACUCUGUAAACUUGCUGACAUUAACUAGGUCAUGUAUGUGUCAUGAGCUGAAUGACCGAACAAACUUAUUUAUGAGCAUGAAAUGAUGCUGUUUGUAUAUAGAUUUUCCAUUAUUAGGCUUUAAACUGUGUUCUUCUGCAAUACUUUUAUAGAACAAUUCU